CUGUGUCACGUGGGUCUUCUUUUUGCUUCUUGUACAGUGACGUGUAGGAUGGCACCACGACGCAAGUGUCCUGUUUGUGGGUCAAAGCAAUGGCACAAGGACUCUUCAAGUGGCCUUGUCGCCUGCAGUGAAGGUCACGUCAUCCAGAACUACAGAAAUGAAUCAGGCGAAACGCAGGAUCUAGGUAAUUACACCAUGAGGAAGCGCACUCUAAAAUCAGGCCGUCAGAAGAAAGCAAGGCAGAGCAGAGCCGAUCCCAAGCUGUAUCAUGGCGAACGUGCACGCUUUCACUAUUAUCAAUGUUUGCAGCUAGUCCUGCGGAAGCAAAUCGCAGCAUUAAUUGCACUUUGGGAUCUACCGCCCGAAUUUCAAAUUGUAUGCAGAGACACAUGGGCGUUACAUUUGACUCUUUUGCCAAGACCACCCCCUGCGGAACCUUACCACCACAUGCGAGAGCAGAAGGGUGAUGACCCGGACGCUGAUGGUAUAAAGCCAUCAUUAGAAAAUCCCGAAGAGUAUAAAUCUGAUGAUGACGACGACGAUGGCGACCGUCAGUCGUCCUCUUCCAGCAGUGAAGAGGAAGACCCGGAGCUUGCAGAGCUACUACGUGAAAAUUCCGAAUUCAGUUCUUCUGACGAGGAAAAGGGCCAUACUUCUCAAAAGCAAGGGGUUCAGCCAAGUUACCGAUUCAUUGGUGCAUAUGACCGCCCCGUCAACUGUAUUGCUGUUCUCGUGAUCGCAUGUUGGGCUAUGCGCUUGCCUGUUAUGUACAAGGAUUUCAUCGACGUCAUUGAAUCUUAUGAACUCCCUUAUUUGGAUUUUCUUCGCCUCCUCCCUUCCGAUAUGACCUGUCAUCUGACGAAGCACGCUGUUCGCGCCCUCUCUCCUCGUUUCCCCCCAAACACACUUUACGUUCACCGCCUUGCCUCUCGCUUGGCAAAGCUCAUGUAUGCGAAUUAUGGCGUGUUCACACCAGAGCUGAACGCGUCGCCCGUCUUAUGGCGAGUCGUGCAUCAAUGUCUCGGCAGCACUCCUACGUUGUACAGGCUCACGAAGAGGCUCGGUCAUAUCCUAUCACUGCCGUUAACGCUCCACCACAGUCUGUCAGCCACGUUACUGCGCGUCGCACCGGGCGAUCCCGAAAGUCACUUGUAUGACAACGUUCCGCCGGAGCUUGCGCUUGUGGCCACAGCAAUCGUCGUAUUGAAACUUGUGUAUGGCCUCGACGGGAAACUGAGGCUCCCACGGGUUGUAGAGGAUCCCGCGUGCGCCCUUCCAGAUGUUAAUGGUUACCUUUCGGCAUUCGGGGGGAUGGAAGAAGCGGAUGACCGGCAUAAUGAAAAGCGAUUUAGCUCCAGGGUUCCUAUGUCAACCGGCGAUACAGAUGACGCGACAUUAGACGAAUUCCUCGAUUUUUGUGAAAGAGUGUUGGUGAAACCGCAAAGUGGUGACGCAGAUCAACAAAUCCUGGACAAUUAUUUCCCACUGUCGACUGAAAACCGAGGAGCUAGAUCGGAAGUGAUAGUUCGUCAUAGCACCGCCCAAAGGCUGUCGGCGACCAACAUCAACAAAGGUGAGACAGAUGUUCUGCAACCAGGAGAAUCGUACACCAUCUACCAUUCUCGCGAUGUCCUGGGAAACCUCCCAGAGGAGCAGAUGCUGAUCAUCAGGCGAUCUGCAAAAUGGGUUGGUGUCAGCGAUGAUUACUUGUGUGGGGUAGUUGAGCGGUUUGAGCGGCGACUUCGAAGGUGGUAUUACAAAGAGCGACGACGAGAGAGGGAAGAGCAAGAUGCAGAAGAAGAGAGGCUAUCCGAUGGAAUGGAGGAUUGAAGGCUAACGCUGUCCGAUGGGCCGUCUCCAAAAAUAGCGGAUAUCACGAACGUGAUCAAGUUUUCUUUUUUGUAACUUGCAGACGUCGUGGCACUGCCGAUAAUUCCGUCAUCAUUCAUCAGGGUAAUAACGUUCUAGUUGCCUGCUGUAUGCAGGGUCGUUCACACGUACCUAAGGCACUUUUUGAUCUUCGUGUGAGCUAGUACAUAAGUCCAUGCGUAGUCCAAAUCCUUGAAUUAUCGAAAC